AUGGUCCCUUCCAUUAGCCUCGAUCAUACUACUCCUGUGGUCGUGCCCGAGUCAAAUGAGACUCCAGCUGCAUUAGCGCCCGCUAGCGACCUUUUCUCUCUGGCAGGUCGCACCGUUGUGAUCACUGGGGGUGGCCGAGGUCUGGGAAUGACCUUGACCACUGCCGUCCUUGAAGCUGGCGGCGAGGUUGCCUGUCUGGACCUUCUCCCAGAACCUAGUCCUGACGAGUGGGUUGCUGUUCAGAAGCUGGCUAAGGGCCGUGGUCUUCAGGCUACCUAUACCAAGUGCGAUAUUACCGACGAGGAAGUUACCAAGAGUUUGUUAGAGAAUAUUGCUGCCGGUGCUCUGAGCCGAAACAAGCCUUUGCGGUGUCUCAUUACCUGCGCUGGAAUCCAGCACAUGGUACCAGCCCUCGAAUAUCCGAUUGAGGGUUACCGAAAGAUGAUGGAUGUGAAUGUCCUUGGGACCUUCAUCCCCGCUAAACACUGCGCCCGCAUCUUUGUGGAGCAGAAGACAGCGGGAAGCAUUGUGAUGAUCGCAUCCAUGUCAGGCCAGAUUGCCAACCGAGGGCUGACUUGUACAGCGUACAAUUCUUCCAAGGCAGCCGUUCACCAGAUGUGCCGAUCGGUCGCUCAGGAAUGGGGACAGCACAACAUUCGUGUUAACACACUUUCUGCUGGGUAUAUCCGCACUGCCAUGACCGAUGCCCUAUUGAAGGAGAAACCCGAAGUGGAGGAGACCUGGAUGCGCGGCGCCCUCCUCGGACGCCUAGGUGCGCCCGAGGACUUCAAAGGACCGACCGUUUAUAUGCUCGCUGAUAGCAGCGCAUGGAUGACUGGUGCCGAUCUUCGCGUUGACGGCGGCCACUGUGCUUCGGCAUAG